GUGGCGUUGGCGGCGCUGAACUGGUCGAUUUAUCAAUCGGGUGCGAAUAGAAGACUGAACAACAAAGAUGGCUUACCGUCCAAGUAGUGGACGAGGUGGGUAUCAGAAUAAUAGAAUGCAGACAAUUAAUCAGCAAGAAAAACUACUUGCUGAAAAGAAGAAAGAGAUUUUACAGAAGUUGGAGGAAAAAAAGAAAAAACAGUUGGCAGAAGAGGAGUUAAAGAGAGUUCCAUUGAUCCCAAGUAUACCUUUACCAGCCGUGCCUGCUCCGCCACCUCCUAAGGAGGCUACUCCAUCACCUAAACCACAGGCACCAGGAUUGAAUACGUUCAGUAAUGAUGGCAGUUUCUUGGAAAAAUUUAGAAAGAUGCAAGAAGCUCUUAGUAAAGGAGAACAUUCAAUCAUCUCAAUUGCAAAUGCACCCCCACCGCCACCCCCAACAGAGCCAUAUGAUAGUCCAAGUCCAGCAGCCCCAGCAACAAGCACUCAAAUGAAGCCGUCUUCAGCACCUAAUGCAUUCAGUAGUACUAGUAAGAUGAAGCCAGCAGCACCACUUAAGUUCUCUAAGCCCACUGUUUUUCAGGACUCUGAUAGUGAUGAUGAGAAUGACUCAAGUGACAGUAUCUUACCGCCAGAGGAUCCUGAAAUGAAGGAGAUCAUCGAAACAUUUGCAAAAAGUGUAGCGAAUGGGGGAGUAGUGAUUGAAGAAAUUGCAGCUAAAAACCACAAGAACAACCCAAGAUAUCGUUUUCUCUUGGACACCAGCUCAAAAUUACACCAAUAUUACAGGAAAAAAGUGAAUGAAUAUAGAAUAGAGAACCAGCAGAUAUUUGCUGAUAAAACAGUUGCAUGGUUGGCAACUAAAGAUGCUAGUCCUUCAAAUGCAAUCCCAUCUUCUGGCCAUGCACCAGGUGACGAUGCUAAGGGCAAAAGAAAGCGCAAGAGUCGUUGGGGUAACGAGAUGAAUACAGAUAUACCACCCCCUAAGCUGGCUGUUCCUCCAAAUAUAAAUCCUGUUGGAAUGAUUGGCACAACAGAACUCAGUGAGGAUCAGAAAAAGCAAUUAAUAGAGCAGAAACAGAUGCAAGCCAUGUACAAUGCAGUGAUUUCAAGACAAAAACAGCUGAUGCAACAGCAGGAACAUCACCAAGAGUUGAAAAAGAAAUAUGAGUACGACAGUGAUGAGGAUGUAGAGGGCGGCACAUGGGAACACAAGCUAAGAGCAAGGGAGAUGAGGGAAACACAAGAAUAUGCUGAGGAGUUGACAACACUUGGUAGGGGCAAGCAUCACCUGGGUGAUUUUCUGCCUCCUGAGGAACUUGAGAAAUUCAUGGAAACAUUAAACGCCUUGAAAGAAGGUCGAACACCAGACUAUUCAGAUUAUAAGGAAUUCAAACUGCAAGCUGAUAAUAUUGGUUUCCAGAUGUUGCAGAGACUUGGAUGGAAAGAAGGAGACGGACUUGGAUCUGAUGGUCAGGGAAUAACUGCGCCAGUCAAUAGGGCAGUGCAGAGGUCAGACAACCAAGGACUUGGUAUUGAUAGACCAGCCAACCUUACCAAAGAGGAUGCUGACAAUGAAUAUGAUGCAUAUCGCAAGCGUAUGAUGUUAGCUUACAGGUUUCGACCUAACCCACUGAAUAAUCCCAGACGACCAUACUACUAGGAGAAUUGAAAGACAAUGAAGAGCCAUUCCAGAAUGUGUACAUAUUAAUUAAAUAAAACAUAAUAAAUAUCACACUACUAUAUUCCUUGAGAUGAAUAGGAGAUUAGGUUUUCAUAGGACAUUAAUGAUGACAUAAUGUGGAAUUUUAACCAACUAAUUAUAAUGGAAAAGUUGUGUUAUAUGAAAUAUUGAUAUGACAUUAGUUUUUUUAAUCUCUGGUGUCAUUAUGAACUAAGCUAACUCAUACUAAGGCUUGUUAUCAGAACUAUAAUAGAGCGUCAGACCCAAUAGUUAUCAUAACGCAUGGCAUUAGUGUUACUACUGUAGGACCCAUAAUAUGGCCAGUGUUACCAGAACCCAUACGGCACUAUUAUUAGAGCCCAUAAAUGGCAUCAGUGUUAUAAUGCAUGGCAUUAGUGUUACUACUAUAGAACUAAUAAUAUGGCAUCAAUGUUAUUAGAACCCAUAAUAUGGCACUAUUAUUAUUAUUAUUAGAAAUCAUAAUAUGGCAUCAGUGUUAUCAGAACCCAUAGUAUAGUACUAGUAUUAAUACCAGGAACCAUAAUAUGGCAUCAGUGUUAUCAGAACCCAUAACAUGGCACUAGUAUUACCAGAAACCAUAAUGGGGUAUCAAGUGUUUCGAGAACCCAUAAUAUGGCUUAGUAUUAUCAGAAAUCAUAUGGCAUCAGUGUUAUUUGAACCCAUAAUAUGGCACUAAUAUUACCAGAAACCAUAAUAUGGAAUCAGUGUUAUUAGAACCCAUAAUAUGGCUUAGUAUUACCAGAAACCAUAUGGCAUCAGUGUUAUGAGAACCCCUAAUAUGACACUAAUAUUACCAGAAACCAUAAUAUGGCAUCAGUCGGAAAAGGAGUAAGACUAGGCCUAGACAAAUGUAAGAAGAUAAAAGUUGGAAAUAUACUGUCUGUCCUGGGAGCUCUCAUCUGUCCAAGAGAAAUACUGUAUCCUCAUUUUGAUAUAGACCUAUAGCUUUGUCUACACUAUCAAAUUUUAUGUGACAAAAAAAAGUGAUGUUCCCACAUGUGUGUACGAUAACGUCAUAUCACAUACAGUACUAUCAAAUUGUAUCAAAAAAAGUUGAACGUGUUCAACUCUUACUUUCCAUCCAUUUUUAUGUGACGCUUUUUUUGAUAAAAUUUGAUAGUGCAGACAAAGCUUUAGGAGAAUUUGAUUCCACUCCGCAGCUCAAAUCAUGCCAACAUCCACAGUCCAAGGAUUGAUUGGAUUAUUGACUUGCUAAAAAAAUUACAUGAUAUCAUUGAGCGCUUAAGGAAAUUAUUCAAACGGGACGCUUAUUCGCGCGCACGAGUAAGGUACCUGGAUUUGUCUUUAAUGCAUGUACCUAAGCAUUGUUUGUCUUUAUGUCAUGCUGAAUAAAAAUAGCCAUUAUAAAACAAAUCAAAGUUACUUUGCAGAAUAAGUGAGUUUUAUCAAUAUGUCAAUUUUUAGUUUGUUCUUCAACCCUGUAGUAAAAGUAGUGCUCCUACCAACUGUCAUAAUCAUCAAAAAAAUGUUUAAAAAUACCAAUUCAAAUACUACAAUGAAAGGUACAAAAAUCAGUACCAUCAAAAUCCACAGGCAAUGUAAACAGUAACCAUUAAAUUGAAGAGUAAAAUAAUAGACCUAACACCAGUACAUUUAGAAGUAGAAAGAGAAACAGUACUGGGUAGUGAUUUAAACCUGUAUGUAUUUCGGUGUUGUUUUUUUUUUUUAACUUCUUGAAGGGUAAUCAAACACUGAAUGUAAUUGAAACUAGAAUGGAGAAACAAAACUUAAAUGUUUUAAGAUGAUUACCAGUGAUUUGUGUGUGUGUGUAUGUGUGAUAAUUAUAUGCUCUUCUAAAAUGUGUUUAGAAGAGAAUAGAGUAAUUUUUCUGAAAAUUAUUAGCAGCAAGUUCCUGUAAAUCUGGAAGUUCACUUUGAUUGACAUUUGCCAGCUCUAAAAUAUCGAAUAAAGAUUAGAGUUGUAGUCACUAA